CUCUGUGUCAUGUGACUUGGCAGGCGAACCAGCGAUGGAGAAAAGCUAAGGAAGGAGUCUGCCCUGGCAGUGGCUUCCCUCUCUACCCAGAGUGCCUGUGGAAUGGCAGCAGUUUGGCAGCAGGUUUUGGCAGUGGACGCAAGGUACAAUGCUUACCGCACGCCUACGUUCCCACAGUUCCGCACGCAAUACAUCCGCCGGCGCAGCCAGCUGCUCAGAGAGAACGCCAAGUGUGGCUUUGAGCCAGGGCUGCGCAGGCAGUACCUGAGGCUGCGCAGUCAGCUGCUGGCCCUGCGCUACGGGCCCCUGUCUGAGCAGAGCAGCUUCAGGGCCAGCAGUGUGCGCAGCUCCCGCACCACACUGGACCGCAUGGAGGACUUCGAGGAGGACCCCCGUGCCCAGGGGGCCCGUGGUCACCGUCGGUCCGUCAGCAGAGGCUCUUACCAGCUGCAGGCCCAGAUGAACCGAGCCGUUUAUGAUGAGAGGCCUCCGGGCAGUUUGGUGCCCACCUCAGUGGCAGAGGCCAGUCGUGCCAUGGCAGGGGACACCACUUUGAGCGAAAAUUAUGCUUUUGCUGGCAUGCACCACAUAUUCGACCAACAUGUGGACUCUGCUGUGCCGCGGUUGCAGUUUGCCAAUGAUGACAAGCACCUCCUCGCGUGCUGCUCAUUGGAUGGCACUCUCUCCAUCAUGACUCUGUCCCCGCCCCCACCCAGUGUGAAGGUGACUCUGAAAGGCCACGGAGGUCCAGUCACAGACUUUGCUUGGUCUCUCAGCAAUGACAUCAUCGUUUCGACGUCAUUAGAUGGAACCCUGCGUAUCUGGAACACGGAGGAUGGGCGGUGCAUCCGAGAGGUCAGAGACCCAGAAUCCAGCGAACUUCUCUGCUGCACCUUCCAGCCCAUGAAUAAUAACCUUACUGUGGUGGGAAACAGCAAACACCACCUGCAGGUGGUGAACAUUUCCACUGGGAAGAAGGUGAAGGGUGGCUCCAGCAAGCUGACAGGCCGGGUGCUGUCUCUCUCCUUUGAUGCUCCAGGGAGGAUCCUUUGGGCUGGUGAUGACAGGGGAAGCAUUUUCUCCUUCCUGUUUGAUAUGGCCACAGGGAAGCUGACCAAAGCCAAGCGUCUGGUGGUGAGUGAAGGCAGCUCCAUCUGCAGCAUAUCUGCUCGGUCCUGGAUUAGCCGAGAGGCCAGGGACCCCUCCCUGUUGGUCAACGCCUGUGUUAAUAAGCUACUGCUGUACAGGGUGGUGGACAAUGAAGGCACACUACAGCUGAAGAGAAGCUUCCCAAUCCAGCACGGCUCCCAGCACGUCCACAGCAUCUUCUGCCCUCUCAUGUCUUUCAGACAGGGGGCCUGUGUAGUGACUGGCAGUGAGGAUGCCUGUGUCUACUUCUUCGAUGUGGAGCGCAACACCAAGGCCAUCGUGAACAAAUUACAGGGUCACGGGGGACCGGUGCUGGAUGUGAGCUUCAACUGCGACGAGAGUUUACUGGCAUCUGCUGAUUCCACCGGCAUGGUCAUCAUCUGGAGGCGGGAGCAGAAGUGACUGACGCGCCAGUAAAAUGCUUCCAUGCACCGCAUUCAAAAAGGCCUGCCGCUCUUUAUCCGUCCCAUAUUAAGUCUGUAGAUUUUUACUCGAAUGUAACAGGCUACAUUAAACAUUUAAUGUAAUUAAACUCAAGUGCAAUGAGAUAGAACACCAUGUUGUGUAGGUGUUAGGGAUGUUUUAGGAAUUCAGCUGGGGAGAGCCGAAAAUACUACAACCGCAUCUGAGUAAUUGCUUUUCAGCAUACAAAAAGAGAACACUACCCCCAUGCAUGUGUCAUGGCUAAUCUCUUGACUUUUAGGGAUAAUCGUUAAAUUAUGUGAAGAGAAUUAAACGUAAUCUUCCAGAGAAACUGGUUCCAACACAUUCUACCACAAGACACUGACAGUCCCUCCGGCAUAGAUCUAGUUUACUAUUUAUGUAACUGUUAAUCAGGCAGUGUAAUCAAGUGUAGUAGACGGCCUUAUUUCCUUUCUAUUCUGCAGUUGCCUGUUUGCCUUUUAGACCAUUUCCCUUUUAUGUUUGAUGUAUUAUGAUGUGCAUGGCAUUGAACCCAGAGCCGGUCAGUACUGGCAAAAGAAAUUGACCAUCAGAAAAGAAAAAAACAAGUAUGUGUGUUUGUGUUUGUGCGUGUGUGUGUGUGUGUGUGUGUGUGUGUUUGUACUUGCCUGUAUGUGAGUGUUAUUCAACUCAUGCUGUCUGCAGAUUAAUAUAAUUUAUUAAAUGCACAUUCUGAAUAAAUAAACUACUGAGACCUA